GGUCGAACACGGCAAGCGGGAAGGGGCAAAAAGGGAUGCAGGCAGUAUUGGGGUUACACAAUGAAAAAGUUUAACGCAGAAACAGCGACUGGCUGCAUACACAGUGCAGAUGUCGUUUUCCGUUUGUGUGGUGCUACGCAAGAAACAGGUCAGCUCAGCAAGGUUCCGACGCCAUUAAUCUGGGCGGCCCUGACAUGACACAUAGUAGCACACAGGCAGCUGCAGGCCACCCUGGAGAAGGAAAGUUGGCUGCGACCCGCAGAUGUUACUACACCAUGCAAUCACUUCGAUUGUUUCCAGAGACAUUGGCAAGGCAAGGAAGCAAGCCAAACGAGCAUUGUCGGCCCUUGCCAUAGACAUGACCCUUGAAUACGCUUUCAUGUAUAAGUAGGUCAUACUCUGCGCUGAGAAAACCAUCUGAAAAGCAGUUCGCAUCAAUAGUCUCUCAUUCAUCUUCUUCCACACAAUCGUUUCAAGAUGCUCAAGAUUUUCUCUUUCUUUCCCUGUGCUUUUGCAGUAGCUCUGGCCAACGAACUGCCCUCGGAUUGUGCAUAUGAACCACUUCCAUAUGGCAGCUUCCCGACUGGUACUGGCGGAGGCCCUCUAUUCAGCCCCACAGGACUGCCUUCAGGCUCACCUCCUGGUCCAUACCCAGGCGUAUCCUAUGGAGCACCUUUCCCGACUUUCAACCUCAGCUCAGCGGUUGUGGGUCCCACAGGAACUGGAUCAUCAUCUGCUUUUGUUCCAUCGUCUUCCGAUGAAGGCAGAAGCGGAACUACCUCUCGACCAAGUGGUACUGCCUUCAUCCCCUCUUCAUCCGAUGCGGGUAGGAGUGGCAUUGCUUCUCCUUCUUCUUCAAUCUUGUCCUCGGUCUACUUUCCAAACAGCACCACCUCUUCCCAAGAAGCUGUCACAACCAUCUAUUCUGCUACUACCGCCGUCACGACUAUGGUCACUACCGUCUAUCUGCCACCUCAGAGCCCUGAUUCGUCCUCGGAUGUGAGGUCUGGUGUUUCGGUCUCAGUCUCCUACAGCGCCAACGCAACCAUCAUGUCAUCACUCGUGACCGGCACGAUCACUUUGACAUCCGCCUUGACACCUUCUUCCUCCCCUGAUUCACCUGUCACGGUCAUGAACAGCACUUCGCUUCCUGGAACCGCAACCUCUUACUCUCUAGGAACUGGCUCAGCCUCUGCCCCCAGAAACAGAACAUCUUCUGCUGCCUCGUUUACCUGGUCUCCUUACGUUCCAUAUGUUCCGGGUACCGGAAUGUUCAGCAGCUUUACACCAUCGAGCUCACCUAACUCGCCGGCGACAACUUCCGUAUUUAAUUCGAGUUCAGCUCGUGCUACCACUACUCACGUUACCAUUCACCUGAAUUCUUCGAUCACGCUCACGCUAGUCACCACCAAUACGGUUCCACUGACCACCAGAUCAGUCACAAUCUCCAACUCUAGCACUUUUUCAGGCUCUUCUAGUGGUGGUGAUCGUAGCGGCACGGCCAGUCCCGUCACCACGUCUGCAGGUAACAAAACUUUGUCCUCGGGCACAUUCACUGCAUCAUAUUCUUCGGGUGGUCGUAAUGGUACCUUGAUCUCCUAUGGUAGCACUGGGACUGCACCUGUUAGAUCUUCCACUUCGGCUGCAAGCCCUGUUACAAGAAUCAGCUCUUCCUCGGCCGAUUCUUCUGUUUCGACUAGCGAAGGCAACCGCAGUGGUACUCGACGACCCUACUCUCAGUUUUCUUCCUUUGUCACCAGCGUUGUGAGUUCCAGUGUUGGAAGUUCAGAGGCCGGCGGUGUCACCGAGCCUCCUUCAGCUCCUCCCACCUUGCCCACCGUUCCUUUCUACGGCUCAUGGAGCUAUAACAACGGCGGCAGCUAUGGAGGUUACCGCGGUGGCUACAAGAGAAACGGCAAAGCUUAG